AGUGUUGAGGAUCAAAUUGGGGAGGACGAUUCUGCGCAUGUGUGAUGCUGUCAAAUCUGCCCGCGGUACACCUGUUGGUGCCACUUAUAAUCAGGUAAUUGCCGCUGCGAGCGCGUGGAUGCUGGCGCGUGCAGAGGCCUGUAUUACAGAAGUAUAGCCGCUCUCUGGACCGCCGGACACUCGUGACGGCGUCUCGCGGGUUAUUACCCAUCAGUACACCUGCGGAACAGCCAUGAACCCUCCAAACUGCAGACACGACGCAAACCCGCCAGUUGUAGGUGUGUCAGAGCAUUAUGCGCCGCAGUCAUCGACAUCCUCAGCAGCUGCAGGUCAAGAAGAAGGGGAAGGGGAUGGAGGAGGAGGAGGUGGGGGUAUGUACCUGAAUGCCUACGAGGUCUCUUUCCCCCUGGAGGAGAACGCGGAGCACCCCCCCGCCUUCCAGCUGAACCACGGCCAGCAGAUGAUGGACGACUCUGGGGUGCAGGAGCCCCUUCACUCUCAGUACAGCACCUUCAUCUUGGUCUCCAACCUGAGGGCUCACCUGUACGUCUCCCUGGAGAAGAACGCCUGGCUGCAGAAGCGCAUUGAGGAGCUGGAGGAGGAGCGCAACUUCCUGCGCUGUCAGCUGAACCGCUUCAUCGUCAGCAUGAGGGGUCCAGACGUCACUGAGUGGUGUGGUGACGCUCAGCGAGCUGUGAAGGUCCAACCCAGCUGCCCCCCAGACCCCCUCUCCCCCAUGACCACCCGGUCUGGAAUGACCCUCAAACGCCUGCAGGCCUCUGGAUCUCGAGCCCGCCGCAGCAUCUCCAUUCCUGUCAAGCAGGAGUUUCACGUCAAAGAAGACAAAUAUUACACUGAAGACGAGUACGUGGAGGAAGAGGAGGAGGAGGAGGAGGAGGAAGAAGGAGAGGAGGGGGAGGACUCAUCGGUGGAGAAGGGCUCGAAGAAGAAGGCCCGAGCACGGAACUCUGGAGAGCCCAGGAUGAAGAUGAGGAGGAUCUUUAGGAUCACACACGGCCGGGAGAGACAAAGAGGUGAGGGCGUCAUGUGA